UCUUUUUAUUCACCGCUACCAUAUUUGCCCCAAACCAAUUUUUCUGUGGGAGAUAUUCUCUCUCUCUCUCUCUAAAAAUCUUUCUCUCUCUUCCUCACGCGCACAUAUACCUUAUCACCAUCAUUUCUUCAAGAUUUGAGCCCCGUUUUUAGGGUUUCCGAUUGAGAUUUGAUCCGAACUUUCCGGGAAAAUUUAUUUAUUUUUUUUCUCAGAGAUUUGCUAUGGCUAACGACAAGAUCCACGGUCAAGAUCGCGGGAACCAAUACGACGGCGAGGAAUACGAAGAUUCGUCGUCGUCGUCGUCGAUGUCGAUGGAGGACUCGGUUUCGUCGUCCGGUGUUGGAUCCGGAGCGAGUUCGAGCGGUUCGCGGGAGAACAACGAGUCGAGGAGGGAGAUUGGGCUGACGGAGCGUUUGACGGAUAUUCUCGUGGACCAAGGGGACGGAGAUCUGUUGCUUCAGCGGAGCGAUCGAGAGGACCGCGUUCUUCAAUGGCUACAGGCUCUGGAUUUGCAAGUGAUGGGAGCUUGUCGCGCCGAUGAGAGGUUGAAGCCGUUGUUGAAGAUGGACGCUUCGAAUGGCGUUGCCGAAGAUCGCCUGCUGGCUCAUUUGAGUCAGCAUUUUGAGCCAGCAGAGGUUGGUAUGUUAGCAAGGUGCUUCUGUAUCCCUCUUGUUUCGAUUCGCGUUGGAAAGAUCAACAAGCAAGGGACUCUCAUGUGCCCAAACGCUAUAAGGGGAAAUCUGAAUCUUACAGUUUUGCCAACAUCUGAUCUGCGCCUCUCAUUCAUUGGGGAUGAUGGUCAGACGGAGAGGUUGUUUACUGGAAGUAGUAAUUCCCAAUGUGCUGCUGUGGCAGUGGAUGAAAUCCCAGCAGAUAAUUCUGGCCGUUCCUUUGUUAUAAAAGUCCCAGGAGGCAGAGUUUUUUACUUUUGGUUCUCAGAGAAGUCAAAGCUCUUGGGAAUUGAUUUGCUUGCAAAGAUGAAGGAUUUACUCAAAAGGAAACCUUCUAUUGCUGAAUUUACGGGAAUCAGUGAGUCACGCCUUAGCUGCUUUGCAACUCAUCUUCGUGCUUAUCUUGUGAGUUCAACAGUGGGUAGAUCACGAGCGAGUUCUUCAGGCUCAUCAAUUCCUCCUUUGGAUACCACUACCGAACUGUCUGAUAUAUCUCAGAUUGGACAAUUCUCAUCAACGUCAUCUAAAUCUUUGCGUUCCCGGCACACUGGCAGUCAAGCAGUAAAAACAAAUACCUUUUAUCAGGGUAGCCUGAGCCCAAGAUCAAGUUCCUUUAAAGAUGGCCUGCCCAAAUGCUUGUCUUCUUUAAGGAGUGCUGCCAGGGAAAAAUUGCGCCGGAGAGGGGAUAGCCAUCUUUCAGCAGUUGACAAUCUGACCAAUACUUCAACAAUAACAGUUGAUACAUCCUCUUCAAAUAAUUCCGAAAAUGAGAAGCUACUGGAAACCACCAGGGGGUUGUCAUUCUCCCCAUCCAGUUUUCUAGAAUCACUAGGGAGCUUGGGUGUUCCACCAGCUCUAAGCCCCACAUCUCAAGUCUCUUACAUAGGUUCACCCCUUUUCACCCCCUAUUAUUGUUGGUGCCCUCCUCGCGGAUCAACUCUGCAAUGCUCAGCAGCAACUCAACAACUUCCUACCUCAUCCAAUGAAUUGCCAUCCUUUCCCCCACUUUCUUGUUUAUUACCUGCUUCUAUGCCGUCCAGCUUGUUGACUUCCACACCGCCUUUCAAUCUAGGUGAAGCUCCCUUGAAUUUCCCAGCUUUGCUGCCAGACCCAUUAUUCCGGUUUCCAAUACAAACUUCUCAGCAGAUCCCAACCUUCACGCCUUUGAUGUGUGACCCAAUUGUUCACAUUCCAGUUAUUGAUGUUUGCUCUUCAGGUCAAGGCUACCUUGUUAGUGCCGGUCCCGCGAUUUCAACUUCCAUCACUCCAUUGCACCCAAAACUUGUGAACCCAUUGAUGUCUGAAACUGACUCCAUGGUGGAAAAGGGUGCAAGAGAGACUCUGCGUUUGCUCAUCAGUGGAUCAACCCAGACUAACCCACCGAUGAUGGAUGUAUUGCCUGCUGUUCUAACAAAUGCAGAUCAAAGUCGAGGUAUACUCGUUACUGGGAGCCGGGGUCUCUACUGUGGAACGAGAGAUGUUAAUGUCAUUGCAAACAGCUUUGCUGCCAUGGGUUUGGUGUCACUCCCUGGAAGAUCUGAAGGAGACAAUCAUGAUAAUAAAGAAACACAGCCAGUGGAAUCUAGUGGUUCAGGUGGAUGUUGUUUAGAUGACGUGGGAACCGCGUCUUGUUCAGAUUUGAGGGAAAAAGAUUUCUAAAAAUGCUUCUGACGGACAAUGUUUUCUUCUUUUGUAGAUCCUGUUUUUGCUUCCUCCGAUGUAGAUAUGUGGCCGUAGCUUUUGCCUUAUGAGCUGUAAUUAGUGGAAAAUCCACAAUUUGUUCUCUUUUGUGUUCCAAGCGAACUAGUUUUUGAUUAGAAUGUCAAUAAUUUGGAUUAUUUUUUUGUUGUAUCA